GUUUUCUGGUCCACCUGCACUUGAUAAACCACAGCUCUGACAGCCACCAGGGCCCCCCGCAGGACUGGCAGUGCGAUCUGAGAGCCAAGCAUGCAUCGUGCUCUCUGCCUGCUCCUUUUGGUUGGAUUCCUGGACCUUUCCUAUGGUCAGGGUGACAAUGAAGCUCCCACCAACAGCUCUGACAAGCAGGCUCAGGGGGCAGAGGAGGGCCCCUCACACCCCCAGGUCAUUGCUGGCAAUAUGGACUUUGCCUUCAGCCUCUUUCACAUAAUUGCGUCGGAAAGCCCUGAGAAGAAUAUCUUCUUUUCUCCACUGAGCAUCUCAGCGGCCUUGGCCAUGCUGUCACUGGGGGCCCGUGGACAGAGCCAGACCCAGCUUCUCACCAGCCUUGGCUUCAACCUCACCGAGCUGUCCACACGCGAUGUCCACCAGGGCUUCCAGCAGCUACUGCGUGUCCUCAGCCUCCAGGAUGACAGAUUGGAAAUGCAUUUAGGCAAUGCGCUGCUGCUGAGCCACGACCUGGAGCUCCUGCCGGAGUUCCUCAAUGACACCGUGGCCUUCUACAACCCCAAGAUUUUCCGCCCCAAUUUUGAAGACGCUGCGGGCACAGUCCAGCUCAUCAACGACCAUGUAAAGAAGGAAACUCGUGGAAAGAUCAUCGAUUUGGUCAGUGAGCUGAGCCCAGACACCGAGAUGAUACUGGUGAAUUAUAUCUAUUUCAAAGGUCUGUGGGAGAAGCCCUUCUCUGUCUCCACAACCAGGAUGGAUGACUUCCACGUGGAUGCGGUCACCACGGUGAGGGUGCCCAUGAUGCGGAGUUGGUGGCCGCACUGGUAUAUUCACGACAGAUAUGUGCCCUGCUCCGUGCUGCGGUUGGAUUACCAAGGCCCUGCAGCCGCCUUCUUCAUCCUUCCUGACCCAGGCAAGAUGAAGCAGGUGGAGCAGAUGCUGACUCCAAUGAUGAUAAUGAAGUGGAACCGCUUGCUCCAGAACAGAAAGUUUUACCGAAAAGUGGAGUUGCAUUUCCCCAAGUUCUCCAUUUCAAGCUCCUAUGAAUUGGAUCAGAUUUUGCCCAAGCUGGGCUUCAGGAACAUCUUCUCUCAGCAGGCUAACUUCUCUGGCAUCACCAGACAGCGGAAACUGCACGUAUCCAAAAGUUUCCACAAGGCCACCCUGGACGUGAAUGAAGCUGGCGCCGAGGCUGCCGCGGCCACUGGUUUUUCCAUCGCUUUUUUAUCUGCCCAGCACAACCCUCCAGUCCUGCGGUUCAACAGACCCUUCUUCAUGAUCCUCUUUUCAUCCAGGAUGCAGACUGUCCUCUUUCAGGGCAAGGUGGUCAAGCCCACAACCUCAUAGCCCUCUCAGGUCUCCCCGCCCCCAGUGGGAGGACUUGGCUGGGAAGGGCUGCAUGGAAGCGGCUCUGUGGUCAAGCCUGGGCAUGUGAGAGGGGCUUGAGUCCAGGGCAGAAGCCAUUGGCAAAGGGAGGGGCAUGGGUGGAUGGGGGUGAGAUGGCUGGGGAGUGGGAGAGAGCCUCCUAGCUGGCCACAUUGAUUAAACCAAGUGAU